AUGCAUUUCAUCAAUUUCUUCGAUGCUUGGAGAAGCGGUGCAUACAACAAAGCCAUCGAGCUUCUUCAUCGCUACUUUGAUUAUACUAUGGAGAGCCAAGGCACAGACCACAUCAAGACAUACCAUCAGUAUGCUUUGCUCCAUCUUGCAGUCCUUCACGCAGACUUUGGAUGCUACGGCGAGGCAAUAUCUGCCAUGAACGAAUGUAUUGCGACUGCUCGUGAGAACCAAGACGCUCGUUGUUUGCACUUCAGUCUUUCUUGGCUUGCCCACCUCCGAAAAGCAUAUCCCGAAUUUUCUCGUCUUGAGAAUGGUGGCGAGGGCAGUGAACUAGCAGGCAACGAAAGCGACAUCAUUACCUUCUUGCAGCAGAAAGCAGUCGAGAACAAAGAUUGGGCCACUCUCAGUAGCUCUCUGCUUAGCCAAGCCGAAGUCAACGUCGAAAGCGGCGGCAGUGUAGCCAGAGCUCUGGAACAGAUAUACCAGUCCAGCUAUCUCAACAGCUUGCACAAUGUGGCCAGCAUGAUACCAAGUCAGCUUCGACUCCAUUCGGCCAUCUUCAACAGACUAGGACAAAUGCCUCUAGCAGAACACUACUGCAAGGUCAUGUACCAUAUCUUUCGCCAGGACGCCUCAAGACCUGAUGUACUCAAUGUAGUGCUGCAGAAUGCGCAUAUGCACAGCAUCUUGGGUGAGUACGAAGAAGCAUAUGAGCUUCUCAGGCAGAACGAUCCUUCAAGGGAGAAGACAUUACGUCUGGACAACACUUUCACUGCAUUCGCGGCAAUGAUCACAUCAGCANACGACUUCUUCGUCGCCGAAGAAUUUCUUCGCCAGCUAAAGCCUAUAAGACAAACAGCAGACGCAGGCGUCAUCUUCGAAACACACGUCCUCGAGAUCGAAUUACUGAUGCGCCAGGGCAAACUGUCUAGUGCAUUUGACUGCAUCGAGAAGCAGGUAGCCGAAGCAAAGGCCGCAGAUAGUGCAGAUAUCGUACGUCGUAUCAAAUUGCUCAUCCUCAAGGCACGGCUCUUUGCAAAGGCAGGAUUGCCGACCAAAGGCUUCAGUAUCGCUAUGCGGGCAGCUUCGUCAGCUCAGAGAGCUAUGAUCAUGCCGGCAAUGUGGGAAGCCGUGGGUGCUCUUUGUGUCAUUCUCAUUGACCUUGGCGAGUUUGGUGCCGCGAGAAGUCUGGUGGAUGCCAUUAUGCCGCAGGUUCUCGAAGGCGGUAACACAGCUACAAUUGCACAGUUGUAUUCGAUUCUCACAGAUUCCUGUGUCGGACUCGCUGGCAAGACGUCUGAAACGAACCUGAAGGAAAGCUCAGAUCACAUUGAUGCUGCGUUCAUUUACCUUGACCGAGCACACGAAGAGGACCUAGACGGCAUUCUGGAGAGUCUCAUGAAGAAAGCAAUGCUGUACAAACACAGAGACGACGAAGACAUGAUUGAAGAGAUGGAUCGUCUAUACAAC